AUGUCCUUCAGUGCCACCAUCCUCUUCUCACCCCCCGGCGCCCAGGAGGCCACAGGCUGCUGCUGCGCCUGCAAGCGGGAGCCGGGGGCGGAGGGGGUGGGUAGCGCCCCCCCGCCCCCCUGCGCCCCCAUCAGCGUCUCGGGCCAUGGGUUGACGGUGCAGAGCUCCGAGCAGCUGCUGCACGUCAUCUACCAGCGCCUAGACAAGGCCGUGGGGCUGGCCGAGGCCGCCCUGGCCCUGGCCAAGGCCAACAACCAGGCUCUGCGGCGGCUGGAGGAGGAGGUGGGGGGACUGCGGAGGGAGGCCCACCUGACCGUCAAGGCCAGCCCCCCCCCGCUGGCGGCCGAGGAGGAGGAGGAGGAGGUGGAGGCUGAAGGCUUGGGGAGCAGCGUCCAAGUGGUGAUCGAGGAGCUGAGGCAGCUAGGGGCGGCGGCAGGGCCGUCUGGACGUCUGGGUUUCUCACCCGUGCAGCCUGGAGACUCGGGACUGGGUGGGGUGCUGGAGGAGCUGCCCCCCCUGGAGGUCCCCCAUCAGCGAGUGGUGGUCCCGGCUUUCCCCACCACCCCCUCCCCUUCCCCCCAGCCCGUGCGGGAGCCCUCGCCCUCGGGCUCCGAGGAGCCGCCCCCCUGCACUGCCCUAGAGGAUGGUGGCCUGGGGGAGCCCCGGUUCUCACUGGGGUUCAUCAGCACCCCCUGCCGCAGCCGGGGCAACGGGCCCAAGAACACUCGGCGCAAGAGGGACCUGGUGCUGUCGAAACUCGUCCAUAACGUCCACAACCACAUCACCAACCAGAGGAGAUUCAACGGCUCUGAGAGCAUCAAGUCUUCCUGGAACAUUGGGGUGGUGAAAUUCCUGUUGGAGAAACUGAGGCAUGAACUGGUGACGAGUCAGCACAACUACACCGACAAGGAACUGAAGGGUGCCUGCGUGGCGUACUUCCUGACCAAGCGGCGCGAGUAUCGCAAUUCCCUGAACCCCUUCAAGGGGCUGAAGGAAAAGGAGGAGAAGAAACUGCGGAGCCGGCGCUACCGGCUCUUCGCCAACCGGGCGGGCGUGGCACGGCUGCUGGGCCCUGAGGAGCAGCGGCUGUGGCGGGGCGUGACGGAGGAGCUCAUGUCAGACGAGGAGGACAGCCCGAGCGAGCCAGGGGUGUGGGUGGCCCGGUCCCCCCGCUUCCGUGCCGCCCCCCUCACCCAGCUCUGCUACCGCCUGGACAUCAAUGCCAAGCACGGCGCCAAGGCCAACCGGGUCUACGGGCCGCCCUCCGACCGCCUGCCCUCCGCCGAGGCCCAGCUCCUGCCCCCCCACCUCUACGACCCCCGCUUCCAGGAGCGCGAAGAGGGGGGGGACUCCAGGUCCGCCCCUUUCCCCCCGCCCCACAAGGCCUUCUGCCCUGACCUCCACCCCUUCCUCGAGAUCAAGGUGGAGAAGGAUGAGUGA